AUGAGUACUCCAAAGGGCUUCCCGGGUCGCUGGACGGAGCGCCGCGUCACCUCCUCUCUGCAUCUCUCCAUCGUCCUCCUCCCGUACUACAUCUGCCCGCUCCUGCCCAACUUCCCGCGCUUGUCGGCGCCGUCGCCGGCGCCCGCGGGCUCGCUCUUCACGCCAUACUGCGCCAAGCGCCGCUCCAAAACGGGUUCGCCCUCGCAGGCUCCGAGGUCCUGUGUGAUUCGCGCCGACGCGGAGUUGGGAGGGGGCGGCGCCAAGAAGCCGCGCGUCGUCAAGUCGGAGGCCGCCUACCCUGCGGGCUUCGCCGCAAGGACGCAGCGCGCUCCCGGGGAGCAAGGCGCCUCCUCGCUUAAGAAGGAGAAGGUCGAGACGAGGCUGCAGAGCGAGAGAUGUGCAGAGGAGCUCCACACACGGCUUGAGAGCCGAGAGAGUGUGAGGGGGGACAGUGGCGCGGGCGCGUUCACCGGAGUGCGACUGGAGAGGGGGGGGAGUGUGGCGGCGAGUCAUGAUGAGCAAGCUCUCAAGGCGAGCGGCGGGUGUGGAAGGGGGGGUGUUGCGCAGGAUUCGUCGAAAGGACUGCAUGCCGCUGGAGCAGGGGUCGUGUCUCCAAAGAGUGGAGAGGUGGAGCUGCGACCCUCGGCGUCCUUGUUCCCCCAGUUUUCUUCGGCAGUCCCCUGCGCGUCUUCGGUGGAGCUCGGGGACAGAGUCUGCGGCGAGGGAGAGUUCUGCGGAGCGAGCGCGAGAGGCGACGGCGCGGAAGACGCAGUCGAGUCGUCGUUCUUGGCGAUGGCAACCGAGCAGAAGAAGCAGCUCUUCGUCUUCCUCGCGGACGCCGGCAUUCUCCGCCGCGCCUUUCGCAAUCUUUUGCCUCGCCGCAUUCAACAUUUGAUUCAGUGGUUUUUCCCGAAUUUCCUCGUGUUUGUCGUCUUCGCGUCGCUCCUCUCGGCGUGUCUGCAGUACCGCGCCCCGAUCGCGAUCGACUUUGUGCUUCUGCUACUACUUCUCCUCCUUUGGGCCUUCAUUGGGCUGUGCAUUUCCGCCGACGGCGCCCGGAGCGGCGCCAAGGGCUCUGGAGCCGCAGCCGGCUGCGCCGAAGGCGCACUUGAAAAGGGACACCGGCUGCAGCCUCGCGAGGAGUCGGCGACAGAGCAGCCCCAUGCGCGGCUUCCCGAGAGCAGAGAGAGUGUGGGUGGGGACAACGGCGCGGGCGCGGCGGAGGUAGGCGAGGAGAGAGACGGUGAAGAAAAGAAACUAUUGUGCGAGGAGAGAGCGGCGUGCGCCGUCAGCGAGUGCAUCGAGACUGUGGCGCUGGUCGUCUCCCUGCCGGUCGCCAGCUGCGGUGAGGAGCCCGCUGGAGACAGUGAAGGCGAAGAAGCGAAUCAGGCGGAGGCUGGCGCGAACGCGGCGAUUGUGGAGCCCGUGCACGCAGUUGUCGACGCGAGCGUUCAGCCGGAAGAGGCCGACCCGGAAACGGAAGCGCUGCAGGUCGCCAGCGGAACGUCUGAAACGGAAGAAGAGACGGAGACAGAAGAGGGGCUCGCGAGUCCGAGCACGACUCCGAGUGCGUCCGCUUCUUCGUCUACUUGUGUGAGCGGUGAUGUUUCGUCGCCGACGGGGAGCGUCAUCUCUGAAGAAGUGGCAGCUGAGACCGAAGCCGCGGUCGCGGAGGACGUGCCCUGUGAAGCUGCCGCACAAGAAGCGACUAGUGAGGUCGUGCAAGAACGGGAGAGCGAAGCAGAGUUGGGCCUCGCGCAGACGGCUGUGGAUGACGGCGAAGCUCGGCAAGGGGAGGAUGGCAGCGCACAAGCGAUCUCCCAGUCUGACUUGUCGUCUCCUCCGGUCCCGGCUUCAGAGGCGACAGAAGCGCGCGAGCGGGAAGAAGCGCCGCAGUCGAGUGCGGCGGGCGAUAUGCAAGAACCUGCGUGUGAGGGCGAUCGGGCGCAGGGGGCAACGAUCUCUUUUGCGUCUGUGCUGCUGGGGCAGGGGGGAGUGGAGAGUUCGCUGGACAUCGAGGACGACGUAGCGCGCGCCCCGAGUUUGUCGUUUCUGCCCUCAUCGCGGUCGUCCUGCGCCUCGCUUUUCUUCGCAGAGUCGGCGGAGACUGCGUGUGCGCCAGUGUUUCAGGCAGUCGAGGCCGCCGGCAUCGAGAGCGCCGCCGCGGAGACGAAGGACGCUGGAGAGCGCGCAGCCGCAGAGGGAGAGGCAGAUGCGGAAAGUGAGCGACUGCCAGCGAGUCUAGAGGAUAAUCUGCUGGGUGCCGCUGAGCCACGCAUGGAAGCCGACGUAGAAGCUGCAGCGGUUGCGCAGAGUGCGGCGGAGGGGCAAGAAGCGGAGGAAAAAGAAGAGCCAGCGGAGCGAGAGACGGGAGAGGCGGAGCUCGCCACUGUCGCGCAGGGGUCUGACGAACCCGUCGAGACCGAACCCAGUGCGGAGGGGCGGAAGAAUGACGAGAGCGUGAGGGAAGAAGCGGCUGUGAGUCUUUCGGAGAAGGGAGAGGAAGGAGAGGAGGAAACCUGCUGUCACGGAGGCAGUGUCCUGGUCUCCGAUGUAGCCGCUUCUCCAGCCUUGUGUGGGCUCCCGAUUGGAGACACGCUGCCGGAAGAGGAGGCCGCGUCGCUUGUUUGGGGUGCCGAGGAGACCAACGCAGCUCGGGGCGGCGGGUUGUCAGCAACUUCGGAUUCUUUCCUGCCGUCGCUCUUGCCGUAUGCGCGCGCCGCGGCGGCGCCGGCGCGCCUGUCUCCGCCUCUAGCCGCCCCGUCCCUGUGUGCGUCAUUGGCUCCAGUCCCGCUGUUUUCGGGCGUGGUGCCGUCGUCGCUGGUCGUCUCUGCGGCGGACAAUCUUCAAACGGGCGAGAGCGUCAGCGCAGUCGGCGGAGUGAAUCCAAUUGCGAUGCCGGCGCCGGAGGAGGGCGCAGAGGAGGCGGAGGGCGGCGCGGAGAGGCACGAUCCCUGGGGCUGCUUCCCCGCGGUUCUGGAGAGUGCGGCAGAGAGCGACGGCGAGCAGGGCUUCGGCGAGUUCAUCCCCUCUGCCUUGUCGCUGCCGCCGUUCCCCCUCCCCCCCGCGCCUUGCUGUCCCCUGGAGGCGCUUGACGCCGCGCAGACGCAGAGCGGCGUGUUGGCGCUGGAGGGCGCCGGAAUGCUGGAGGCGAGCCCCAAGGUCGCGCUCGGCGGAGAGAAGGCGGCGGCCGAGGGAGACGCGCUGCAGCAGCACGAGGAGGCGAUCUUCUGCGAGGAGGACGCCUCGUCUGCUUCGCGCUUCGUGCUCCCCGAUGACGAAGAGACAGCGGACGAGUGCGCUGGCGUCUCGGCCUCGCAGGCCGUCCCCCCCGCAGCGCUGUCGCCCCCUUGCGCGACGCCGCAGGCAGCGCCUCCUCGAGGGCCGUCCUCGUCGGCUCCCGCGGACAGCAAGAGCGAGCGGGAGGAGCCAGGCGCGGCGGCGGGUUCGACGCAGACGCACAGCGCGAAGCAGCGCGUGGCGCUUCAGCACUACAUGGCGCUGGUGCGCGAGUGUCAUCGCACGAAAGACAGUCGCGGCGCCAUUCGCGUGCUGGAGCGCCUUCAUGCCGAGGGUCGCGUCGCCCCGGACACCCAGCUCCUCAACUACGUCCUCCUCGUCUGCGUGUCCGCCAACGACCGCGCCAUGACCGAUCGGUUGUUUUCCUUCAUGGAGUCAACGGGAUGCGCCGACCUGGUCACCUACAACACGCUGAUCAAGAGUUUCACGACGAGCGGCCAGCUGCAUCUCGCCGAGCAGAUCCUCGCGCGGAUGGAGGGUUGCGGGGAGCCGAGUGCGAUCAAGGAACGGCGGAAUCGCAUCGCCCCCGACGAGGUCACCUUCAACCUCCUCGUCAACGCCGCAGUCAGCGAAGGCAAACUCGACAAAGCCUGGGAGUACAUAGACCGCAUUCGAAAGGCCAACCUCUCGCCUGACAAGUUCACCAUCAGCUCCAUCAUCAAGUCGCUGCAGCCGGGGCAGAGUCGCCAGCACAUGCUGCGGGCCUUCCGACUGAUGGAUCAGAUUGACGUCUGCGAAGAUCUCGUCCUGCUGAGUACUUGCGUUGACGCCUGCGCGCGCCUGAGCGACCUCGAACGUCUCGAAGUUCUCCUCAGCCGAUUUGAGAAGUCGGGCUUGAAGCCGAAUGCACACGCGUAUGGCACCCUGAUCAAGGCAUACGGGAAGCUCGGCAACAUCACGCGAGUAUGGGAGCUCUGGCGCGAGCAGCAGUGCAACGGCGUGGAGCUGACCAACUACACACUGGGCUGCAUGAUUGACUGCCUAACGAGCAACGGCUUGGUUGCGGAGGCGGUGCAGCUGUUUGAAUCGACUGUCGAGGCUGGGUCGGCGGGCGCGGUGCUGUUUUCCAUCCUGAUCAAGGGCCUUGCGCGUUUCCGCGGGCGGGGCCUGGAGUUGGCGCUGGGCGCGUACCGGCGCCUGAAGGCGCGGAGAGUGGUGGACUCUGAGCACGCGAGCGGAGAGGCGUCGGGUGGCGCGGAGUCGCGCAAAGAGAGCGCGAGAAACGGCGACAAGAAGGCGGGGAGCGGGGCACGCGGUGCCCACGCCAGGGAGGAGGCCGGCGCUGCGGCGAGCCGAGACCGGCAGACCGCGAAGGAUGGAGGCGAGAAGGAUUGCUACGCGCAGGUGCUCAACACGAUUUCCUUCAACUCGCUUCUGCACCUUUGCAUCCGCUCGGGGCAAGUCGCCGACGCCCUCGAGCUCUUCAAAGACAUGCAGAGUCACCCGCACGCGAAGCCGGACUUGAUCACGUACAGCACCGUGAUCAAGGGGUUGUGCUGUCUGCCGAACCAGCACGCGCUGGACGCCGCGCUCGGCGUGUUUGAGCAGAUGCAGCGCGAGGCGCGCAUCGCCCCCGAUGCGAUCGUCUACAACACGUUGAUUCAGGGCGCCGCGACGCGCCGGAACGUGGCGCUGGCAGAGUCGCUGCUGCGUCAUAUGCUGCAGAACAACGUGAAGCCCAGCAGCUACACGCUGUGUCAGUGCGUGAAGCUGUACGGGAAGUGCGGCGACUUGGCGCGUGCCCUCGAGCUCGCCCUGGAGCUCCCGCGGCGCUUCAACUUCGAAAUGGACGGGUACGUGUAUACCGCGCUGAUCGCCGCCUGCACCCGCAACCGCUCGCCUUUCCUCGCCGCGACGCUCGCGCUGCAGGCGCAGCGCGAGUCCCAGGAUCUCCCUGCCGCCCUGCUUAUGCGCCUCGCUAACCACUUGGGGCAGCAGCGCGAAGUCGCCGAGCGCGAGGCAAUGAACUCGAACCUGCGCGACCUCCCGCUGCUGCAGGCCUUCUACGGCUUCGAGGCGCCGUCCCGCGCCGACGCGGCCUCUGCCUCGGGCGCGCAAGCGCCGUCGCUGUACGAACUCGCUUCCGGCCUGUCGCACCCCGAGCUCCGCGGCCGGGCUGUAUCUGAGCAGCAGGCGAAGGCCACAGUCAUGGCGGUCACCAAGGAACUCAAGCGACUCGCCGCGGUCGCGCCGGCGCAGAAGGGCGAGCGCGGGCGGGGAGGCAGCGAUGAGGACGACUUCGAGUUCUCCGCAGAGAGCCUGGGGCCCGUGAAGGCGCGCAGAGAGAAAGAGGGACUCGGCGCAGGGCGCGGAGCGAAGCGUCCGGUGAAGCGCGGCUGUAACCCGGGGGUCCGGGGCGUCAAGAGAAAAACGGCUCAUCGGGACGCUACUGAGAGUGCGCAGCCCGAGACGUUUGGUUUCGCAGGGCCGCGCGCGUUUCUGCAGCACGGUGUAGCAAACAAAGGCUUUGCUAGCAAGCGCGGAAACUCUCAAGUCAGCCGCUUCGCGCACCCAGGCAAACUCGCCGAGGCGCAACUCUCGAGUGCAGCAUUCGACAGUCGCGGCGGACGGUGCCGGGGCCCCGCUGGAGGGAGCGUGAGGAGGGGCGCUGAGUCACGCGAAUGCGUCGAGGGAGGCAGACGAAAACGGCGCGAAAGGCGGCCUCAGUGUGAAGGGUAG